UUUCUGCACACUAUUCACAGUAUUUACUAUUUUUGAAUAAAUAUUAUAUUUUUAACAUCACAAGGAGAUGUGAGAUGACAACCGAACUACGGAGAUUACUUAUUAUAUUUAACGAUAGUGCUGAGUGCUGACUGCCGAGUCAUUGGUGAUUUACCAUUUACCUAUGUACAUUAUACCAAAUCGUUAAUUUAAAAUUUAAAGUGUAUUGUGUAAUUUAAUAUUCAUAAUCAAAAUUUUAUUUAUUAACCAUAUGAUCAACAGAUCAAGUGAACCACGCUUAAUGUUUAUUGCAAUCGUUUUUUCAAAAAUGUUCUACACAUUUUUUCCAUCAGCAGAUUUUUGGCAUACAUACCAUAAUGAUCAUAAAUCAUAAUGACGUAUCGCAUUGGUGUGAAGACAUGAAGUAUAAUAACAGAAUAAAUGAAAUAUUUCAUUUAUUCCGUGGUAUAAUUAGUCACCUACAUUAAUUGUGUAUGAUGUUAGAAGUAGACUGUCUUUUUGGAAUUCUAUUUUUCAGCAUCCGUGGUAAGUUGUAGCAGUUUUCACUCAGUAUGUCACAGUUUCUUUGACAAUUAAACCCACUUAAACGUCGUUUCCACUUGCUCUGCUUAUACUUGUCAGGUAAUCAAGUAUUUUGUGUUCAUACUUGUUUAGCACAGUAUUUUUUCAACGCUGUUGAUAUACAUUGAGUAAACAAAAUGGAAACAUUACCAGCAGAGAUCAUCACACAGAUAAUGGAAUACUUACCAUUUGAUGAUCGACGAGAAGUGGCUAUGGUCAAUGAAGCAUUUCAUUAUGGUUCAUAUCACCCAAUGUUCUCUAGAAAAGAAGUGCUUACCUAUCAGUCAUUAAAUGAGAAAUUGAAUAGUUUUAACGAAUUCAAAAAUAUGUUGAAGAAAUCAAAAAGAAAACUAUUUUGUUUGAAAUUUGAUGGUUUGAAUUUUGUAGACGAUUUGACCAUUUUCACAGACUUAGGGAAUCGCAUUGUAUCACUAGAUUUUUAUUAUUUGCAAUCACUAGAUGAUUCAUUUCUGGAUGCUAUUGCCCAAUGCUGUAUUAAUCUUGAAAAAUUAGUAUUUGGAAAAUUGACAGAUUUGUACUUAAGUGAUAAGGACCGUCCUCCGAUACUCAAAUUGUGCUGCAUCGAAUUAAAUUAUGUAAAAAUCACUGAUAGAGAAUUUAAUCUAAUUUUGAAACUUGCACCAAACUUAAAGGAUUUAAGUAUUAUUGGUUCUAACAUAAAUAGUUCAAGUCUGGUCUUACAAAGGUUUUACCCUCAUGAUACAAAUGAUAAUGAUCAUUUAUUUAACAAGUACAAUUCAGAUUAUGUUUUUUCGCAUAAAAAUAUUAUACAUCAUUUAAAUAAUUCUGUUAGAUUAAAUAGCCUUGUGUUAAGCGAAAGUCAUAUAUUUUUUCAGAUUCAACCUUUACAACAUAAAUUUAAAUCAUUGGUGUUAAGUUUUGAAAAUAAAUUUAUAAAUCAAUCCUUCAAUUUUAUGCAUUUUGAGGUAUUGAGUCAGUAUGUAUCUUUAGAACGAUUAGAAAUACAUAAUUUACCUGUUGAGUUGUUAUCGAAUGUAUCUAAACUAUAUAAUCUACGGCACUUGAUAUUAAGUUAUAUUAUUGUGAAAUCAAAUGUAUUUAAUGGUCCUGAAUUAUUAAAAUCCUUAAAAUCAUUUAUGCUAUCGUUAAAAGAUUUGAAACAUAUCAAGACAUUAUCCUUUAAUAGAGCCGAUCAAAAUCAUUGUAUUAUGUUUCCAACACUUGCGUUGCCGAACUGCAUUUUUAAUUCUCUUACAUCAUUAGACUGUUCUCUUGAUACAGAUUUUGGAGCAUUAAUAUUAGGUAAAAAUUUAACAAGCUUGCGAAUCAGAAAUGGUGAUAUUCUUAAUGAAGAUUAUUUAAAACUAAUAUUCACCAGGUUAACUAAUUUAAAGCAUUUACAUAUCGACCGAUGUUAUAAUGUAAAUGAUUUUAUUUUAAUUGAUUUGCCAAUAUAUAACCUGAAAGGAUUGAUUACUUUAAAAAUUAUGGAUUCAAAAGUUUCAUAUCGAUGCUUGCAAAGCAUUACAAAUUCAAGUUUAAAAGUUUUAAUGUUCGACAAUGUGUCAUUUAAAUCAAUUAAAUCACAGGAUGAUUUGAAUAAAUUCGAAGAAAGUAUAUUAAUUUUGAGUGCCAAUAUUCCUACGUUGACUCACCUUAAAGUUUGUAUGAGUCCCACUUGCUUGAGAUUAAUUGAAUCAUUAAAAUUAUUAAGUUAUUUUCGGGUUGAUGCUAAGAUGUUUGUAAAUGCGAAUUUCAAGAGGAUGAAAGAGUUCAAACUUUGGGAUUGGUAUUUAUAAUAAGAAAGGAACUAUGUGACUGACUUGUUUGGAAUGGUGGGAGAAGCACCGACCUUCAUAGGCGCAAUUUCAAUAAAAAAAACUGAGGGUGCUUAAGCUCUACAAUUUCCAGGCAUAGCGUUGAAUAGCUACUCAUUGUAAUAUUAUAAAAAAAGUAUUUGAGGGUGCUACUUUUAAAUUGGGGGUGCUAAUACCCCCUAAGUGUCCCCCUAUUUGUACCUAUGCUGACCGCUAACAAUGAAAAUUGGUCGUAACCCGGUACUGCUCUUAUUCUGACUAGGUUAUAGGUAAAUACUAUUUUAAGUUUUUAAUUAUUAUAUACAACCUUUGCUUGACGAGUUUUUAAGACUGCUUUAUUAUAAGUAAAUACUGCAUAGGUACUAAUAUCAUAAGUAUGAACUUAUAACUAUUAUUAUAUCAAAAUAUGAAAUAAGACUGUAAAAAAAUUUUUUAGUAAUUAAUAUAACAUUUAAAAAAUUAGAAUUAUAUUUUGUACAAAUUUUUUUAAAUUUUAAAUUUAUUUUUAAAAUUGUUAAUCAUCUAAAAUAUUUUAUGGUGAUAAAAAAAAUAACAACUGUUCUAUCACAUUAUUAAUUAUUUAUUAAUGUAGUAAAGCUAAUGAAAUAUUUGAUUAAUUUAAUAUUUUGUAUCCUUAGUUCAUAUCCAUAACACUGUUAGUGUAGAAAAUAAAUUUUAAGUAUUGUGAUUUUUUUUUUUUUUCAUGAAUUUAUACUACCACAAAUAAUAUUAUUGUUAUUUAUUACUAUUUAAAUCUUAAUUACCUUAGUUAUGUAUUUAGUUUUUUGUCAUUAUCAUUAUUUAUAAUCAAUGGUAGUACCUACAUGUUUAAGUAUAAAAUAUUAUUGUAUUACAUAACCUGCUGUAAUGUAUAGGUGUCUAGUAUUUAUAUCUCUAUGUUGUGUUGAAUUUA